UGGGUGUGAUUUCAAAUCGUAAAAUUCGCUGACUCUCAAAAUAGGGAUUACAAGCCUCAAAUCUGCGCUUAAGAAAUUGAUUCAGAUUAUGGAAAGGCUCUUACAAAACACGUCGAAACUCCAAGUGGCUUCGUUACAUGGACACCUGGCAUCUGUCAGCAUACCAAUUUAUGAUUUUGAUCUAUCUCUACUGUUCUUUAAAGACUUACAGACGGCGGGGCUUCGUGAAUGCGUUCUAAUUUCCCGUAACCUCAUCCUAAAAAAUAACACUUCUAUUAUUCAUCAUAUUCAUCAUAACCUGGUUGCAUGACGAUUUUUGAACUCCAUUUUAGAUGCAGGUUUAGAGAACAAUAAUCAAAGACUCAUUCUAACAGUCGAGUCUACAUGGUUGUUUGCAGAGGUCGUCAAAAUUUAUUGGAAAGUUUCCCUAAACUUUGUAAAAUUUUAUUAUACAGAAGGGAUUUGGUCGCGAUAUUCGAGUUAAUAUGGGGAAUACCGCCACAAACGGUAAUCUUGAGACCUGGGAUGUCGUCAUUAUAGUUCUCAAUUUCGUCGGUGUCUUCGCAUUCGGCUUAUGGGCAUCAUGCGGAAGUGAAAAAGAAAGCACGAAUGGGUAUUUCUUGGCUGGUCGACAGAUGCCCUGGUAUCUGGUGGGGCUGUCAUUAUGGAUGACUAACAUAGGUAGUCGAUCUUUCAUCGGAAUAGCAGGAUCCGCUUCAGCUUCAGGGUACGGCGUGGCAAUUUUUGAAUUUCAGGCGCUGAAUUGCUUACUACUGCUGGCCUUCAUCUUUAUUCCUAUAUAUUUCGCAUCCGAGAUAUCGACGGUACCAGAAUACCUCAAGCAUCGAUUCGGCGGUGAUCGACUUCAGAUUUUCAUAGCAAUCAUCAACCUUGUCACUGCCGUUGUCGUCAUGUUAGCGAGCGAGAUGUACGCCUCCUCCCUGGUCAUCCAGCAGUCCUUAGGAUGGGACCUCUACACAUCGAUCAUCGUUCUCCUGCUCAUGACAGCCGUCUAUACGGUAGCAGGAGGACUCAAGGCCGUCAUCUACACCGACGCCAUCCAGGCCGUCAUUAUGAUGAUCGGCGCUUUUGCACUCAUGGGAAUAGCUUUCUCGCAAAUUGGUUGGUCGAUGGAUACACUCCGGUUGAAUUACAUGUCGGCCAUCCCCAACACCACCCAGCUCUCAGGAAACACCUCCUGCGGCAUCCCUCAGGAGUCGACUUGGCACAUCUUCCAUCCAGCUGAUGAUGAAAGUCUACCUUGGACUGGCUCUGUCUUUGGGGCCCUGGUCCUGGGUUGUUACUUCUGGUGCACCAAUCAGGUGAUUGUCCAACGUACGCUCGCAGCCAAAAAUGUUACUCACAGCAAGGGUGCUUGCAUCAUGACGGGCUACUUCAAGAUCCUACCAAUGUUCCUCAUGAUCAUCCCGGGUAUGAUCAGCCGAAGCUUGUGGCCAGAUCUUGUGGCCUGCGUUGACCCGGAUACUUGCGAGAGGGUUUGCGGGAAUCCUGCCGGAUGCUCAGACAUUGCGUACCCGAGGAUGGUUGUCCAACUUAUGCCAACAGGACUACGGGGCCUGAUGCUUGCCACUAUGCUUGCUGCCAUGAUAAGUUCGUUGACCUCAAUCUUCAACGCGUCCAGCUCCAUGUUCGUUCUCGAUAUUUGGUAUAAGAUCAGACCGAGGUCGACCGAGCUCGAGCUUGUUAUCGUUGGAAAAUUCUCUACGGUUGUAAUGGUGGUGGUCGGGGUGCUCUGGAUACCGAUCCUCCAGGCCUACGGCUCGGGGGAGCUCUUCACCUACAUACAGGCAAUCAACUCAUACCUUACACCAGGUGUCUUCUCAGUCUUCACGGCCGCCAUCUUGUUUCAACGGGUCAACGAAACGGGAGCUUUCUGGGGCCUGGUGUGUGGGUUCGUGAUUGGCCUGAUCCGAGCCGUCCUCGACUUCGUGUUCGGUGUGCCAUCGUGUGGUCAGGAGGACAACCGACCUGCGAUGAUCAAGGACUUCCACUACCUCCACUUCGCGGCUUUCGUCUACGGUCUCACCCUCAUCCUCGUCAUCGGUUUCAGUUUUCUCGCAGAUCCUGUUCCUCCUUAUAAGUUGGUACGCCUGACCUGGUGGAAUCAUCUCUCUGGUUUACCAAGAGUGCCCAUUUCAUCAUCAGAAGAAGAAAAGAGACUCAAGAAUGAAGAGAUUAGGAAAGAGAAGCAGAAACAAGCUGCGAUAAAUGCUCAAACGAGGACAGGACUGAAGUGGAAACUGUGGUACAUCAUCUGCUGCAUCUCAACCUCUCCACCCGAAAUCGACGACGGCGAUGAACGGGGCGGUGACCAGGACAGUGUGGACAAGGGGAAUGAAGCCGGUGUCGAACAAAAAGCCUCUGCCUACGAGAACCCCAAAUGGGCCCGCUUUGCCCUGGCAAACGGCAUUCUACUUGGUGGUGCCUGUGCGUUUAUUCUGGCCUAUUACGGUUGAAAAAUAUAGGCCUUAUUUCAUCUUAUUAUAUCACGAUCGCAGAGACUUUCGAAAAUCAAUUUAAGCGCAUUUUCAGUACCAUAAGAGGUUUCGCCUAUAUAAAACAUUAUAGGAUUACGUAAUUUUAGCUACGAUCGCAUGAGGUCGUCGUUGUUUAGGCCUAAAAUUUGCGAAAUCUCGAAGUUAGAAAAUACGAUCCAUAACAAUGAUGGGGUUCACACGCGAACCAAAGAAUGAGUUUUCUAAAGAUUUAAGCAACAAGCCGUGUAGCAUUCGAGGUUUAAAACUAGUACAAGCCAUGUACACAUUCAUUAAAACUUUGAAUACUCAUACCAACUGACUUUAGCCUCGGAGUCAAUUGCGUUCACACGGCAAAUAACCGAGAGCGAGGACUGUGGAUUGAAGUUAUGGCGGUAAUCUUGAGAUAUGUCGUGGUUUAUAACUUCGAGUGAACUUGAAGUUUCGUGACCUCGAUUGUGUUCGCACGGUCUCUAAUCAUGCUAACAACAAGAUGACAUUGACGUUUAAAACUACAUCCUAAACGUAAAGUGAAUUUACUGGCGUAUGAUCCUAGUUAUUAAUUGAAAGCUUUCAUGAUUUUGUUUUGUUCGUUUCAUUUUUUUAUAGGCACCCCCAAAAUGUAAGGACACUUUAAGUGGGAAAUUCGGUGCCUGGGGCAACACCCCCUGUAAAAAGAAGCUGGUGCAGUCAUACAUAUAAUAUAGAAUAAUAUGAGCUUAAUAACGUGAGUCAAGCAUAUAAAACUUAUCACAUCAAAUAUUAACUUUAAAAACGUUCAGUAUUUCAAAGGGUCUUCAUGCCAUCGUUGCCUCCUAUGAAACAUUUUUUUCCAUGGCAUUUCGUUUUUAACAUUAGCAUGUAUUUUGUUCUACUCUUAUAAUUAAUACUGCUUUAAUCAUCGUCAUUAUGAUCUAGUUUUCAGUUUAUAUAUAUGCUGUAUACAUUGUCUUCGAUGAACGAAAUCAGUCAACUUAAACAAAAUUAAAGAGAAGGUUAAGUUCUUGGGAGCGGUCAAAAAUAGUUUGUGAGUGUUAUCAUUGUUAUUAUGCACUUGUGGAAGAACAUAAGA